AUGCGUGCGGUUGUGUUAUUCCUUGCGAUUGCUUACUUGUCUCCCACAGUUGUUGGUUGGGCAUUCCUUGUCCGCUCGUAUGUUAUUACUGAAGGGGCAGAUGCAUCGUUCGAGAUCACGGAUGACGGCGGUGGUUUCACAUUUCCAUAUAGUAUGACAGUGCUCAAGCGAGGAUCAAAUUCGAGUGAGGAAGAGGUUGGAUUGGUGCUUACCAAUGGCAACGAGACUGAGUUUUACUGGACAUGUAACCAACCUGCUGGCAGUACGUUACGGUUCAGAGUCAUGAGUGCUGCUCGAGUCAACGCAGCCACAAGCAAAUAUUACGAAGUCCAGCCCGGUAUUCAAGCCAUCGCAUCAAGUCUAAGUGCAGAAUCUGUUCGAUCCACAUCCUCGUUGCAUGCCCAGACACAAAGUAUGCAAAUUUCAGGUACCGCCGGGGCUUCGGCUACCGCGACCAAUUCUCCCUCCAACUCUUCAAACAACACACCGGUAGGAGCAAUCGUAGGAGCGACCAUUGGCGGCAUGUUGUUGCUGAUUGCCUUGGGUGCCGUUGCAUUCCUGGUGCGUCGGCGCAAGAAAUCUAAUCCCCACGCCCCAGGGAUGGUACAAUACGAUCCCGAUCCACAUGUCACCCCAUUCACCCAUGGCCGGGCAGAGCAGACGAUUAUUCCGCCAGCGGGUUAUGUGUCGCGUUCAGAUAUUGAGGAGGAGCCCCCGGUGUAUUCGCCACGCAACCCCGCAACCACAACAUAUUUCACUGGGUCGGAAUCAGGGAGAACUGAAAGUUCUUACCGGCCACCGCCGACAGGAAAAGCUCGGUAUAUACCCGUGAGCACAGAACCAUAUUAA